AUGGAUUGGAGGGUGCGAUGCGGUGUCACAGAUGAAGAGAAUGCGCAAGAGCACGGUCGGGAACAGCUCAUGAUCGGCAAGAACCAAGCAACCCCAGAAAUGAGGCAGGAGCUGGCGCAGCCAAUGGACGACGGGCAGGAGCUGAGGUUGGAGCAACGGCACGAGAUGCGCUUCCCUUUCCUUUUUCCAUCUGUCCAAGAGGCACCACUAAACAACCAACUUCCUCAUACACCUGGUAGGCUGACUUCCAUCCUGGGCGCUGAAGUGCUUCACCUGAAGAUGAUGAAGAAAGACCCAGCUCCGAGGAGACGAGAUGUGCCUGCAGUUGCUCCUUGCUUGUUGCACGGGGCAGCCGCUUGCAUUGGACGCACUUGCCUACCGUUCUUGGGCGUCUUAACCACCAUUACUACCGCUAUUACUGCUCUCUUCGCUGCAUUCAUUGUUACAUCAUAUCAUGUACUGAGCGUACCUUUCAAGGCCCAGGGACACAGUAAUAUGGUACUUGCCUUGCAGUGGCUGGCCCGAGCGUCGCAUCCGAUGCCCCAUGUGGAGCACGAGCCACGGGAAGAGAUCGACCCCCUGUCUGGUCUGUCCAACGAGGUGAGGAACAAUGACGGAUGCUGUUCGCUUGCUGGAAUGACGGGGGUACCUUGGCUACGUACCUCGAGACACCCCAUGAGGACUGUUGUCUCCCUCUUCCUUACCACCUUGCAGACAACUAAUCGGCCCCGAUUUUUUUGGACUAUCGGCGGCCUAUCCAUGAUUCCUUCGAGGCAUCUGAUCUCGCUGACCCGAGUCAUCUUGAAGCACUUCACGAUCUCCAAGAGCGGUGAAACACCGCCGACGGCGCCGACGGCCAUCUUCAUCUCUGACGGCAACUUGGCCGGCGUACCUAGCUCAAGCGAAACGUAUCUACUGUACGUUAUCCGAAGCGUCAAUCCAAAGUGCACAUAUCCAUACAUGACAUCCUGGCAAGCUGGGCACCAUGCCCUGUGUUCCCCCUUCUGGGUUCUUGUGUUUUGGGAACAGGUCUACGUCCGUAUUUUUCUUUUUCGAUGGGACAACCUGCACCACAUUCCUCCCUCUCCAAACUUUGUAGCCGACAGCGACAGAGACAUGGCCCCCAUUUCCGUCGCCCAUUGGAUCAAAUGUGGGCUGGUUAGUCCUUCCAGCCCAGUUCGCAAUCUCUUCCGAGAACACAAGCGCGAGACAGGUCUCGGCGCCCUUGGGGUUAUCUUGGAACAGGCUCUACAGUCCCAUGAUGGCUUGCUGCUAUCGAGAUUGAAUCUACGGAAACCGCACCAUGAGACGGUAUGCUUUCGUCACCCGCACACCAUCACCGAAGAAAUGCAGACCACUCUCGCUCGCGUCGGUCAUCCUGUGGACCAACAAUCCAAAAAAGCUCUGACCCCGUCUGUUAGCCUUUGCCCUUUCAAACCGCCUGCGGUCGCCUGCGGUAGCCUGCAGUGUCAAUUGUCAAUUGCGCAAUACGUGUCGGAAAAGGAACAGACACCUCUUAUGUGCCGCUCUCCGCCUCCACGCAGCGUCGUGGCAGACCGUCGCCCUGACCCUGAGCCUAGGUAUUCCCAAUCCCGAUUCAGCUGGUGCCACAUUCAGGCGUUUACCACCACGCAAGCACCUGAACCGGGCUCAUUCUUCCCGCAGUCCUUGCUCAAACGGGGUAAUUUGGUUGCCCGCCGACCCUUGUCUAACGCUGAAAUCGCCAUCUGCCGAGCAUCCCGUGCCAUCCUGGUCGGCGAUGGAAAGCUUAACCUUCAUUCCGGGACUUGGACCAUUGUUGUCGGUGAGCCAGGUUGGGCUGUCCCUGCCAGUCAACCAACACACAACCCGCUCCAAGCAGUCAGGCGCACAUAUUUGGGCUCUCCUCAACCAACUUACUACCCAGCAGGACACUAUUCGUCAUUCAUGCGCUUCCUAAGUAUCCAUCUCGGCUACCUUUCGACCCCGAGGUCUUUUGACGUGGCGCCUGACUACUUUGUCCUGGCGCUCCUAUCGGUUCUGCUAGCGUUACGAAAGACCGAAACCGAUAUUCUGCACGGCGAAUACGUUUGCGAACGGACAUUAUGGGCAGCUCCAUUUCGGGGUAGCUUGGAAGGUCUAGUCCGCCCCUCUGACAACCUAGGUUAUCCCGUAGUCCCGAGGCGAUUCAACUUUCCGAGUUCAAAAUCGAGGCUCGGAUACGUGCGACCAAACUUGAAGAUCAAUGAAUACAGUCUGGCUAAUGCCCAAGAUCAUGCGCCACCUCUGCUCAAACAGCACGCAUCCUGCAAGAAACAUCUUCACACGGGUGUUUCAAUCAACCUCUACGGUCUUGCAGACUCGGGUAUUGCUUACUUCGUAUGUAGGCGAUCGCCGAUGCUCUCCUUGCCGCAACUUGACCUCGUACCGACGAGAUGUCUCUCUGCCGUCAAAGAGUAUUUGGCGCGAACGUUGUUUGUUCUUGGCAUGGGUCCAGUUACGUACAAUGACCAGUCGCGCGCCUAUCGUUACCCGCGUUUUUUCAGACGAACUUCAACUCGCCGCCCCGAUUUGCCGAGUCGAAACUAUGCAUCCAAUACUACCCGGGACAUCUACCGUUUCACAAAGAACCCAGCACUCAAAUCAUCUUAUAACUGGGCUCAUUAUCAUCAGAUGACCGGAUGGUCCUCUGAGGACAACGCCUUUUGCGAACGGCUUCCGGAAACCCCUGUGUCCAAGACUACCUUCGAGGACGGAAUGAGUCACAGACCUGUCGUUCGUGAUGUCACCCCUUUUCACAGCUUCUUCCGUUACCCGAAUUAA